CGCGUUGAAGGGCCGAUCUCCUUUUUCUCCGCCCACGCUAAGGAGGCGACGCUUCGCUUCUCCCGUCCUGCGCCUUCGCCCUUAAUAGACUGAUCGAUCGGUCCGCGUUGGCUCAAUCGCCUCCAUCUUCGGGCUCUCUGGGCUUGACAACAGCAUGGAAGCAUCUGUCGUUCAUUCUCUCGACUCCAUCUGCUUGAAGCGCCCGAUGAACCCGAGGUGAUCUUGUUUAUCCUCCCAGGCAGAGCUAAUAACCAUCACCGUCGCCGCCAACAUGAGCAUCCACUCGCUAGACCAUGCACAGCUGGCUACAGGGCUUCCGUCUUCGCAGGACAUCGCCGACGUCGAGGCGAAUCCGCGCCCCCGUAGCUCGGAGAUAUCUCCGACCACGGGGGAGCCCCCUUUCCCUGACGGCCCUGACACGUUCACCUCUGCGGCAAGGAUCAACUCCCGUGAAACGGUCCGCAAUCGCAUGCGACGCUCGACUACCGCCCGUUCAUACUACCGUGAAGAUGGCCCCCACGAUCCAAACUGGCAGCCGGGGACAGAGCCAGGUAUUGACCCAAGCCAGCCACUACCAGCGUACAGUACGGAAUGGAUGGCCUCCACACCCGCGGACUUGCAUGGCAGAAGUGAAAUCACGGUCGUGGACUUUUCGCAGCAUGAAAUGCGACAAUAUGUCCUGGACAACGACACGUUGGAGCCAUUUCUGGCGAGGGAGAAGGAGCCCUGGGUGCAAUGCCGGUGGAUUAACGUCAAUGGGCUGAGCUGGGACGUCAUCCGGGCUCUUGGUAAUCACAAGGGGCUACACAGGCUCGCGAUCGAGGAUUUGAUCAACUCGACGAAUCGCACGAAGGUCGACUGGUACUCCGACCACGCGUACAUCGUGCUGAAACUACAGAAGCUGAUCAAGCUCAAAGAUGAUGAUAGCGACUCUGAUGAGGACAGUGAUGAUGGAAAUCCAUGGAUGAGCGAUCGCAGAGGCUCCGUGGCGAGCAGUAUCUCUCUGCGACCCACCAAACGAAAGUUGGUUUUUGAAGCGUUGAAAGACAUUUUUAGGUCGAAAACUCGCGAGGACAGCAUCUCGGAUGAGCCCAAGCCUGGAGUUCCUACUAGCGUUGCCUCUGGUGGAGAUCCGGCUGCACCAAAAAUGCCUAUCCCUGGCAACGACAGAUUGAUGCCUCGCAGUAUCCAACGCUAUCGAGGUGGCCCGAAUGAGGAUCGGAUAGACUUCAUGGAGCGGCAUGCUAUCCUCGCGGCCAAGGGGCUUUGUGUUACUCUCGAACAAGUCUCGUUAUUCUUGCAUGCAGAUAACACAGUAACCUCAUUUUUCGAGACGAGCGCUGAUGAUGUCGAAGCCCCGAUUGUCCGGCGACUCAGCUCUCCUGAGACAAUGCUGCGCCAGUCCUGUGAUGCCAGCAUGGUCAUACAAGCCAUUCUCGAUGCCAUUAUCGACUUGGCUAUACCUGUGACCACCGCUUAUCAAGAUGUAAUCGGUGAUCUUGAGCUUGAGGUACUAACAGAUCCAGACGUUGACCAGUCGAAAAGUCUCUAUGUUCUCACAUCUGAGAUAGCAAUUCUCCGGAAUUGCAUGCAGCCGAUCGUGACUAUCAUCAAUGCGCUUCGAGACCAUCGAUCCGAGCCUGUUAGCACUCCGGGCCUAGGGGUUCUUAGAGGCCAAGGGACCACAACCCCUACAGCUGAUUGGGGUCCACACAUUGGGGUAGUCACCCCGAACCUCAAAAGUGUAGGAGGCUCGAGUGUUUCUAUCAGUUCGAUGUGCCAUACAUAUCUGGGAGAUGCCCUGGAUCACUGUAUCACAAUUGUCGAAGGAUAUGAUCAGAUGAGGCGAGCUGCCGACAACAUGAUUGAUCUAAUCUUUAACACGAUCGGCGCAUACCAGAAUGAAAGCAUGAAGCAACUCACACUUGUAACCUGCUUCUACCUCCCACUAACCUUUCUGACGGUGAGCUAUCUCGUUUCCUAUUAUGAUCUUGUCUUAUUCCGUACUAGGGUUACUUCGGAAUGAACUUUGAUACCUUCUCUGCUAUAAAGCACAGCGACGCGUAAGUCUAACGGGAAAUGAACUUUGUGCCAGUUACUGAUCCCCAUGUGCAGAUAUUUCUGGAUGAUUGCAGUUCCAUUUGUCUUUGCAACAACCAUUUUCUUGAUGUAAGUCUUCAGCAGUGCAGCGGUUCGAGGAAGUUGGAGCCCUUGCUAAUACCACAUCUACAGGCGUGACAAACUCCAGCGUCACUUGGUAUUGCUUGCCCAGAAACGUUUGAUUACCAGCUCUAGGAGGAAUAGACAGAGACGGAGGAAUAGAGCUACUAGAAGAG